ACAGUAAGUGAAAGUGAAAGAAAAAGCAUCUCAGUCUGUUCACGCAGGAGGGAAACAGACAGAGGAGUGCUACACUGAAAGUUUUGAGUCAAUUUCAGAGCUGUCGGCAGUAUGGAUGAACAUCAACACCCACUGUUCUUUGAGGCGAAAGAGCUGACGGACAGAGAGAAGGAGAAGAUCAGGAGACACUUCCAGAAAAGACGAGAUUCAGGGGGAGGUGAAUGUGGACUGAUAGAAAAAGCUGGAGGCAACAUCUAUAAAAUCUGCUUCAAAGAAAAAGACGACCAGGAAAGGGUUUUGCAGAGGAAGUUCCACACCAUCUCACUUCCUAGUGGAGAGCUGCGUCUUACUGUGAGCCGAACCACUUCACCAGAUCAGCCAUUGACGCAGACAUUUACAAAAACAAACACAAAAGCCCUCGAGAAAAUUUUCAAGAUGGACGUUUACCUCCUUUAUUACCUGAGAGACAACUCUAAAGUGAAUAAAUUAUUGCAGAAACAACUCUCCUGUAUUGGCUGCACACUGGAAUUAAACUUUGAUGAAGAGGAAGCGGUGGUUAGGGGGGAUAUUGAGAAGGGGCCAGGAGGAGCUUUUGGCGCAGCAGAGAAAUGGGAGAUACAGGUGGAUCGGAUCUUCAUCGGCCUCACUGAGAGCUACCUCCCCUAUCAUGUGUUUGAGCCUCAGCAAAUCAAAAUGCUACUGCAGGACCGCUCGUUUGAGACUGAGGAUAUCAAAGUGUACUCAGAGAUCUGUCACUCUGUGGUUGUGGGAGAAGCUGCGGCUGUGAAGGAGAAGAUUGCAAUGCUGGAAAAGAGCAUCCCAUCCCGGAAGGAACUGCCAAUCGCAGUGAAGCAGUUCACACUAGUGGAAGAAGAAUUCAAUCAAGAAAUGCGUGCACAUUACCCAGAAGUUAAGAUCCUCAAAAGCAAUAACAUGAUCAUCAUGGAGGGACUUGAUAAAGGGGUGCAGUCAGGAGCUACAAAACUUGAUGAACUGAUGAAAAGCAUAAAAGAAAAGAGAGUUAAGCUCCCAACAGAUUUAAUUAACUUCAUAAAAACCAGCGGUGCCAUCUCCAAGUUCGAGGCUCGCUUCCAGCAGAGUCUCAGGAAUCCCGUUUCCAUUGAGGUGGGAUCAGACGUGGUUUUAUCCAGUUUGUCCUCUGGUGCCCUGGAUGAGGCUUGGGCAGCAGUGCAGAGAGACCUGAGUGUGGACACUGUGAAGCUGCAGGGCGCUUCAGCUGCACCUCCAGAUCUGAAUAGAGUGAAGGAAAUCCUCAUCAAGGCCAAGAACGAGGCAAACUGUCGAGACUCAAGAGUGGACGUCAGCUUCAUCCCAGGACCCGGUGGAACCUCAGAGACCAAAGUACGGUUGGUGGGCUACACUGAAAAUGUGAACAAGCUGAAAGAGGUUCUGCAUGACUACCAGAUGAAUCAGGCUGAGAUACAAGAAGUGCUGAACCUACCGCAUCCUGGGAUGGUUGACUGUUUUAAUAAUCUCUUGAGCCUGAUUGGGAUGAAGGAGACGAAAGUGACAUUAAAACCCUCACACUCCCCGCGUCCUUGUGUGCUUGUGUCUGGUCCCCGUUGUCAUGUCCAGGAGGUCCAGCGGGCCCUAACGUCAACUCUAGCCAGCCUGACGUUAGACACACUAGUUCUAGACGGACCAGGAGCUCAGCGGUACUUCCAGGCAGAGGGUAAAGUCAGCAAGGAUCUGGUAGAGAGCUCCUGUCGGGUCAUUAUCAGGGAACAACAAAGUGUGCACUCACCAGAUGUGAAAACCAAAUCACUAAGCAUCAGCAGACCCAGCCCCAGCCCACGUGUCACACCCAGACAGCGCAGCCACACUGUUGGGAGCAUCGCAGUCAACAAAACAAACCUGAUGAUCAAGCUUGGCAGUUUGGAGGAUGAGCAGGUGACCGUGUUGGUCGUUCCCAUGCUCAACAAACAGCUGACUUCUACUAAUAUCGGUAAAAGUCUGUUGCAUAAAGCAGGGAAAAUAAUCCAGUCCAAUUUUAACUCGGUGGCAGCGAAUUGUACCAUCAGCCCUGGAGAUGUUCUGCAGGUCACUGGGCCUCCAACUCUCGGCUGCUCCAAGCUCUUCUUCAUUGAGUGUUUGCCUUGGGAUGGAGCCAGAGGACAGAGUGCGCAGGCUCUCAGCAAUGGGCUGAAGAAGUGUUUGGACCUCUGUGAACAGCAGGGCUUGAGUUCAGUCGCGUUCCCGGUGAUCGGACCUGGAAUCGUGUUAAAAUACCCGCUGAGAGAAGCCACUGAACUCCUGACUGAGAGCAUUCACCAGUUUGGAUUAUCUGCAUCCCCUGGUUAUCUGACCACAAUCCAUGUCGUCAUCAAACCUGGCUAUCCUGACUCCGAGGAGUGCUACCAUGAUGUCUACAGACAACUCAGCUGGAAUAUGAACCACGGAGGCCAAGUGAUCUUCAGGUCCCUCACCUCUGACCUUGAUGACAUCACAAUGACAGUGGGAGGUGGGGUUAAACUACAGCUGGUGUUUGGUGACAUCACUAACGAGACUACGGAUGCCAUUGUGAAUACGACCGACUUCGUCAAUUUUCAGAACGAUGGCGUGUGCAAAGACAUCUUGACUGUAGCUGGAUCAGCGGUGGAGGCUCAACUGAGAACAGCAAACGUGAAAAGUGGUGAGGUGUUCGAAACUCAGUCUGGAUCAUUCCCUUGUAAAUCCAUUUUGCACGUGUGCGGACAAAGAGAUGCAGGCGUCACUGAACAGUUGGUGUGUCGCAUCAUCCAACUUUGUGAAUCCUUUGGAUACAAAUCUGUGGCCAUUCCUGCGAUCAACGCUGGAGCUGGUGGGCUGGACCCUGGCGUCGUGGCAGAUGCCAUCCUCAAAGGAGUCAAAACUGCCACAUCGACCAUUCCCUUCCUCUGUCUCACUGACAUCCGCCUCAUCCUGUUUAAGAUCAAUGUCUUCUUGGAGUUCAAAGAGGAGGCAUUGCAGAAGUACCCCACUACUUUAUUCAACAGAGUGCCAGUACCUCAGCUGCCUCAUGUACAACAACAACAACAGCCACCGAGGUCUGUGAACGCAGACCUCAGCAUCCUCCACACCAGCUUCACGAACCACAAGUCUGCCUUCCUGUUCCUGGGUCUUUGCAAACAGGAUGUCAACAGUGCCAUGACAAAGGUGAAGGAUCUGUAUCAGGCUCAGUGCUCCACACAAACCUUCACAAAGGAGCAGCUGGAAGGCCUCACCGACGAUGACAUUAAGGAUCUGAAGCAGCUGGUGGAGACCAAGGGACUGUACAUGCAGACGGACCAGUCUGGCCAGGGCAGCUUAAUUGUGAGCGGGCUAAAAGAUGGGGUCAACGAGGUGAUGCAGAUGAUCAAUGCGUCACUGCACGGCAGCCUCAGGAGAGAGAUGAGAUUCAGAGAGGAGGAUGAUCUGUACACCCGUGUGUCUUGGUGCAUCCUGGGACGUAAUGGCAACUGGGAACGACUCCCCAAAACAGCCAAUCACAACCUGGAAACGAGUGAUUUAGCAUCAGGGAUUUUGGACGCACAGAGAACUCUGUGGACUGUGGAUCUGCAGAGGAUGGAAGCCACAAGACGAGGAACUGGACAGGUGGCGAAGCUAAAACGACUUGAGAAUCCGUCAGACUUCACCCUCCCUCUGUACUGGGACAACAUGGCUGCUGGGGAGAAUAAUAAGGUGGUUGCACUUCAGCCUUCCUCUGCAGAGUACCAGACAGUGAAGGAGACGUUCAAACGAACUGUCCCCAUGGCCGUAAUAAAGAUCGAGCGUUUGCAGAAUGUCCAUCUGCGUCGGGGCUACGAAGUGAAGAAGAAGCAGAUUUCUGAUAAGAACACACAUAAGGGCGCAGGUGAAAAGCUUCUGUACCACGGGACGACCCAGGACAACUGUGACUCCAUCAUGAAGACCGGAUUCAACAGGAGCUUUGCUGGACAAAAUGCAACUGCGUUUGGACAUGGGACCUACUUUGCCGUAAAUGCCAGCUACUCAGCCCACCCCACCUACUCCAAGCCGGCUGCUGACGGCUCUCAGUUAAUGUUCGUGGCUCGAGUCCUGACUGGCGUCUACACCGCGGGCCAAGCAGGCAUGAAGGUGCCGCCGCCUCUCAACGACCAGCAGCCACACGACCGCUACGACAGCGUGGUGGAUAAAAUAAACAACCCCAGCAUGUAUGUCGUGUUUCACGAUAGCCAAGCGUACCCGGAAUACCUCAUCACCUUCAAGUGACUGUCAGGGAAAGUUUAUGUGCAAGCUCAUGGGUGUAGAGAAAUUCUUAAGAAUAAAGUAAAAGAGAUGUUGACGUAUAUAGCGUUAUAGUUAUAAGUAAGACUGUUCGGAGAGUAAGAAGAAUCCAAAUGAAAUAUGUAAGGCCUAAUAUAAAGGAUAAAUUAAAGAAAAAACAUGUAAAUAUUUGGUCAAUUCAGGGAAUAAAUAAAGUAUCUAUCUUGCUAUUUAUAAGUGUAAUUACUCUCACUGCCAAAAGGGGGAGACAAAGGUUCCUCACUUCAGGUUCACUGAUGUUAAAUCAUUGAUGGUGCUGCUGUAAAGUUUAAUAGUUUGCUUCUAAUAAAAUAAAAAUGUCAAGAUGAA